CUCGAUGUAAAUUAGGCUUAUAUUGUGGCAACACUUCUUUUGUCGACCAUUGUCGAUUCAAUAUAUCUCUUGGUCAAAUUGUCAACAAUAUUUCGUCUGCUUUGUGUCACAUUUCGUAGAUUUCUUGUGCAUCGAGGACAAGUUAAUUACGUCGAAAUGCUUAAUCAUAUAUUGCGACCGAUCACUCGUAACUUUAUCAGAAGUGGCAGUCAUUCCUCCGGUUCAAAAGCUAUGGAUGAUGUAUUUAAAUUGCCAACAAUAAAUGACAUACCUGGACCAUGUGGAUCAUGGAAAGAAUAUUAUGACGCAAGACAGAAAGUUUACAAUACUCAAUUAAUUGUUGGUAUUGGUAUACUAAUUGGUACCAUAGCUUAUGUAAAAAUAUCAGGUAAUAUCUUCUUUAACUUUGGCCCACCCGAGGAAUCAAUUGAAAACAAAUAAAUAUUUAAAAUAUAAAAUUAGAGAAAAAUAGAUAUAGAUAGAAAUAUGUCAACAAUCUGACCAUACUGCUGAGAAUGAUAUUUACUUUAUUGUGCGAAUGUAAUAUGCAAUAACUUGUACUGUACUGUAUGUUCUCAAUAAACAGUUCAUAUUUAUGGUUA